AUGGCGGGCCCUGCCGAAUCCGACAGUCCUACCUCGCACAAACCGACCACCGAGAACCAGCCAAGCCCUAAGCAGCAAGAGAAGGUCGGCGAAGCGGCCUCCAAGCCUUCGCAUGCAGCCCCUCCGGUAGCCGAGCCAGUCGAGCUUGACGACUUUGGCCUGCCUGUUAAGAAAUACAUCGCGCCGACAAUCAUGCCCGACGAGACAUCCAACGAUGCGUCCCUGGCGAAGCCGAACGAACCUGAGACACUGCCGAACGGCAAGGCGCCAGUGGUUUCCGCAAAGCCACCUGCCGCAGCGCAGUCGAGCACUGAAGCCUCGGACGAUGAUGACGAGUUCAAGGAUGCAAACUCGAGGGUCGCAACCCCGCAGCCGCAGGUUUCUGUCAAAGAAGUGACGUUCGAAAAGGGGGCCGCUGCACCAACGCCUCACGUCACAAAACCUGCCGUCGCCGACGUUCACACCACGGCGGGUGAUGCCUCGCCUACUUCCGCUGCCCGUGAAGCCGACGCCAGCGCAUUACCGGUCGAAAAAGAAGCUGAACAAGUCAGCACAAAACUAGCAUCAACAGGCGCCAAGACCCAGGUCGUGGAGACCACCGACAGCAAGACAACUCCCAGAGCACAGGAUGCUGCGAGUCACACCCCGGAAACGACAGCUGCCGAAGCGAAAGCUGGCCCCGUGGCUCAAAGCAGUGCGCCGGCUGCAUCAGAUUCUGCCCCUCCGACAUCCGCAGCAACCCAGCACGCCCGGAAUGUCAGCAGUUCUAGUGCUGCAAAGGGACACGAGAGAAACACAAGCGCAGCAGGACCGGGUAUUGCCGGAUUUUCGCAUCACCAGGCAACAACCAAGGAGGAGGAUAAGGAGGAUGACAAAGAGGAAGACCUGGGUUGGCAAGAGAUGCCGUCCUAUGCGCCGUACGACAUUUAUGACGACGAUAAUAAACUUGUUGCCAAGGAGCACACCGAGGAGGAAGAGGCGAAGGAAGCAUACGGCUAUGGUGGUCUCGGCGGUGCGGGUAGGGGCUACACCCGAGUCAUCAUGGAUGAUGAUGCGGAAUCUGCGACCAGCAUGGACGACAACACAAAGUAUCUGUUCAAGGAGGUCAACGGCACGAGCUUGACGGAGGAACAGGACGAGCAACGCGAUGCCGUCUCCCAGAUGCAGGCGACGAAGGACCUCCUCACCGAAGGACAACGCGUGGCCUACGUGGGCCUGGUGCGCAUCGAGAUAUUCCAGCUCGUCAGGGCGGCGGAGACCAUUGAGCAGACCAGGAGUUCCAAGAAAUGGGUGACAUUGGGAGCCGAGGCAACCAAAAUGUGGGGGCAGAAGAUGAUGAUUCGGGUGUAUGCGCACAUGGACAUCAGCGCCGCCGAGCAGGUCAUGGUGGAGCAGCUUGCUGAUCACGGCGUGAUUCCAUCCGACUUGACGCCCGUUUUGAUGGCAAACGCCCGGGUCAAGAAUCCCAUGGCAGGCAAGACGGAGAGCACAGUCACAACGCCAGCAGACCCGAAUCGAAGCUCCAUGUCUUUGUCGGCUCCGAAAGACGCUCUCAAAUCGCCAACCUCCCCCAGGAGUCCUGCUCCGCCAGCUUCACCUAUCUCGCCAGAGGAUGAAGAGGUUGCGGAGCCCCCGCCGCCAUACGAGGCUCAUCCCGACGGCGAGAUGCCCGACGUGAAGAUUCCCUCGGAUCUCCCAUCUAGCGAGAAUCUCGAAAUCGAUUUGCGCUGGACAGUCCUGUGCGAUCUGUUCCUCAUUCUGAUCGCAGACUCGAGCUACGACGCCCGAUCCCGCGUCCUGCUGGAGCGUGUCGGUAAGAGUCUGCAGAUCGACUGGCUCGAAAUUCGCAAGUUUGAAAAGCGCGUCACAGACGCUCUGGAGAUGCAGCAGCAAGCCGAAAAGGAAAAUUGGAACGAGGAAGACCACCUAGAGGUGCGCAGAAAAGACGCUCUGAAGAAACGCUACGUGAUGAUGGGCUUGGCGACGGUAGGCGGCGGCCUCGUCAUUGGCCUAUCGGCAGGCAUCCUCGCCCCCAUGAUUGGAGUCGGCCUUGCCGCCGGUCUCACGACGAUUGGAAUCGGUGGCACGGCGCCCUUCCUCGGCGGCAUCGGUGGAGCUGCCAUCAUCACGACGGCUGCCGCCAGUUCUGGUGGCAUCGUGGGCGUUCGGGCGGCGAACCGAAGAACUGGUGCCGUCAAGACGUUUGAGUAUCGGCCCCUCCACAACAACAAGCGUGUCAACCUUAUUGUCACCGUUUCCGGGUGGAUGACGGGCAAGGUGGAUGACGUCCGUCUGCCGUUCAGCACUGUCGACCCCAUCAUGGGUGAUCUGUAUUCGGUGCUGUGGGAGCCCGAGAUGUUGAGGAGUACCGGUGACACAAUCAACAUUCUCGCCACCGAGGCUCUCACGUCAGGUGUACAGCAGGUACUCGCAAACACCCUGCUCACGGCUCUCAUGUCCGCCCUGCAGCUGCCGGUCAUCCUCACCAAGCUGGCCUACCUCAUCGACAACCCAUGGGCUGUAUCACUUGACAGGGCGUGGUCGGCAGGUCUCAUCCUGGCCGAUUCACUGAUCGACAGGAAUCUGGGCACACGGCCCAUCACCCUCGUGGGAUAUUCCAUCGGUGCCCGUGUCAUCUUUUCCUGCCUGCAGGAGCUUGCCCGGCGUGGUGCGUACGGCCUCGUGCAGAAUGUCUACAUGUUCGGUUCGCCGGUCAUCGUCAAGAAGGACGAGUUCAUCCGCGCAAAGUCAGUCGUCCCCGGUCGCUUCGUCAACGGAUACAACCGCAACGACUGGAUCCUGGGCUAUCUGUUCCGUCUCACCCACGGCGGCAUCCGACGCGUGGCUGGGUUGGCGGCCGUGGAAGACUGCCCCUGGUGUGAAAAUAUGGACGUCACGGACCUCGUCAAGGGCCACAUGGAGUACCGCAAGAUGAUGCCACGCCUGCUGCGAGAGUGCGGCUGGCUCGUGGAGAGCGAUGAGUUCACGGAGAUUGAGGACCCGGACCCGGAAAACCACGGACAGCGACAGCGCGAGCUGAUCAACGAGAUCGAGGAGGCGCGCAAGGAGCUCGAGAGGGAGGGUCAGCAGGCUAAGAAAAGUAGGUUCUCCAUCUUUGGGCGCAAGAAGAAGAUGGAGAAGGCCAACUGGGAGAUCUACGAGGAUUCAAACAAGGCAGGCGGGUCGGCAAGCAAGACAGAGGUCGAGGGCAGAGAUGGGCAGGAGGGCAGCAACCACGGCGUCCUCUUUGACGUGGAUGCGAUCCGGGCUGAGCUCGCCAAGGAGGAGAUGCAGGUCAAGGAGCUCCAGUCGACGCUGCCGCCGAUGAAGCUCGACCUCAGCGCGUCCCCGAACCCGCGGGACAGCCUGCGGGGCACCAGGAGCGCCGACGCGUCGUCGCUCAGCCUGCGACCGUCGCACGACACGCGACGCGUCUCGGAGGAUCCGUCGCCGCUCGGCUCGAGCCGCGGGCGCAUUGCGUCGUCUUACUACACGGACCCGGACCCUACCGGGAGGAUGAGGUGUCCAUGA